ACUAUUUUUUGUGCACAGUCAGACCAAAUUGUUUUCCUACUAUAUAUCACGGAUACCUAAUUCAAACUGGGAUUGAAUCACACCAGAAUGAUUAAGAUAACAGUGUCUGUGAAAAUGAAAAAAAGGUCAUUGAGGAGACCAGCUGCUCAUCUGAUGGUUAUAAUUCAAACCUGAUGGUAGGAUUGAUUACAAGAAAAUGUCAUACCAAGGUUUUUAUCCUCACCGAAUGAUACAGAAAGCACAGGACACCCUGUCACGCAGCAUAUGGAAUUCAAAUAAUCGUUUCAUUAAACAAGUCCUUUUCAAAUGCGGAGCAAAUUCAUAUGGAGACCCCCGAUUCCAUUCUAAAUAUACACCUGUUCCCUCACAACAACUUAUGGCAUGAGGAUGCAUUGAAGUAUAAGUAUACCUUUCCAUGGUCUGAGGGGUAUGAUGAAGGUCAUAAUGGCUACAACUCAGACAGAUCAAGCGAUUCUGAUGAUCCUGCAAUACCUGAAACCAGAGGAAUCCCUCAUAACAAUUUAUGGCAGGAUGAUACAUUGGGAAUGGGAAUGACAGAAUGUGGAUAUACAGAUUUUACAGAUUCGGCAGCAUCAGGGAGCUCUGCAUUAGGCAAAAAUUGUCCAACAUCAAGAGUAUCCAAAAAAGACAAAAAGGAUCAGAAAAAUGAAGGUGAAUCAUCUAAUGAUGAUACAAUAGUUGUUUCUGAUGCUGAUCAUGAGCAGCUGGUAGACCUAACAAAUGACAGUGAUGGUGAAUCAAGAAAUACAGUGAUGGAGACACCAAAUCAAAACAAUGCAGAAAAAAGAAAUCCUAAAAGGAAACGUCCCAGCAGCAAUGAAUCUCCUGAGAAGAAUUGCAUUGAUACAGCAGGCAUUCGACCACCUGUUUCUAAGAAACAACGUGUUAAGUGCAGUCAAGGCCUGGUGUGUGAUUAUUGUGGUCAUGUGGUGAUCUACAGGUCAAAUCAACAGAAUCACGAGGCUGCCGAAGUGAUGAAAUGUCAUUUCACCGAUAAAAAACAUAACUCAGCAAGUUUAGCAAAAAUUCUAAUGUCAGGUAAACACACUGGUAUAGCUGAAGCCAUUCUCAGAGAGGGUAUUCUAAUGACUUGCAGAGACAAACAUGUUGCGCUAGUCAACAAGGUAGUUCCAAUGUGUCCGAAAAAGGGUUGUAACCAAGUACAUGAGACCAUAUGGGCAUGUGCAAAACACUAUGAAAUGUGUCAUUUCCGUCAAAGCACUAACAUAUAUGGCUUAGCAAAAGUUGUUUCUUAUAGAACUAUUAUGUUCCCAACCACUGAUGUUUGCAGGAAGUGUGCUUUAUCUUUCCCUUCUGCAUCAGCUGUACACAAACAUUGGGAAAAUACAGGAUGUCUGAAAGGCAAUACACCAAAUAAGAAGGGUGAAGUGAAAUUGUAUUUCUGUCCAUACUGUAGUCUACUUCAUUUCAACUUCGGCGAUUGCAGAAUGCACAUCAAGUACAAGCAUAUGAUCAAUGGGGAUGCUUCCAUGCAUGUGAUAGUUAUCGAAGCUACAACUAAUCAACUAGAGCUGUUGCCUGUAGAACCAAGGUCUGCUGAGGCUCAAGCAUUUUUUGAAAGGACUGUCUUGAAAGCCAUGAGAAAAAGUGCCAAAAUGUAUGGCUUCGGCAGUAAACCAUCUAAAAGAAAACUGAAAGCAGAACAGGAAAGAUAUGAAGGAAAACCCUCAGAGAUGAACGGAAAUACAAAAGCAGACAAAGAUUAUGCAGCUUUUCAAAAACAUUUGUAAUUAUAUCUUGUGUAGAUCAUGUAUAAGUUGACAUAAAAUACACAUGUACACCCCACACACUUUUGGUAGUAAUCAGCAUGUGCUAUUUGAACAGUCUUUGCUUUGGAAAACAUAAUUAUGUAACCCAGUGUACAUGUGCAGACUAAUUUUUUAAAAUAGCAAAAUCGAAAUACAAGGAAAAGGUUUUCUCACCUUUUAGUAUACAUAUGUAAAUUGAUAUCAGAAAAUCUAUUCUUCAGGGGAAAUUCAAUAAAAGCGCUUAAAACGAAAUUGUAAGGUUUGAUAACAGUGAAUUCUGAGACAUCUCCAGACAUUUAUUGAUUCAGUAGCAGUGUAGACAUGUCACACAUUUCUUGGUUCAGUAUAACGAUGGCGACAUGUACAUCUCCCUGAUAUUUAUUGGAUCAGUAACUUAACAGUGGAGGCAUGAACCUCCAGACACUUAUUGGAUCAGUAACAGUGGAGACUUAUCGAACAUUUAUUGUGUCAGUAACAGUAGAGACACCUCCACACAUUUUUAUUGAUUCAGUAACAGUGGAGACAUAUCACACAUUUAUUGGUUCAGUAACAGUAGAGACACCUCCACACAUUUAUUGAUUCAGUAACAGUGGAGACAUAUCACACAUUAACUGGUUCAGUAACAGUAGAGACACCUCCACACAUUUAUUGGUUCAGUAACUGGAGACAUCUCCACACAUUUAUUGGUUCAGUAACAGUGGAGACACCUCCACACAUUUAUUGGUUCAGUAACUGGAGACAUAUCACACAUUAACUGGUUCAGUGACAGUAGAGACAUCUCCACACAUUAAAUGGUUCAGUAACAGUAAUACAUCUCCACACAUUAACUAGUUCAGUAACAGUGGAGGAACAUAUCACACAUUAACUGGUUCAGUAACAGUAAUACAUCUCCACACAUUAACUGGUUCAGUGACAGUAGAGACAUCUCCACACAUUAACUGGUUCAGUAACUGGAGACACAUCACACAUUAACUGGUUCAGUAACAGUUGAGACACCUAACAUAUUUAUUGGUUCAGUAACAGUGGAGACACCUCCGCACAUUAACUGGUCCAGUAACAGUAAUACAUCGCCACACAUUAACUGGUUCAGUAACAGUUGAGACAUAUCACACAUUAACUGGUCCAGUAACAGUGGAGACUCCUGCACUCAUUUAUUGGUUCGAUUCAGUAACAGUAAUACAUCUACACACAUUAACUGGUUCAGUAACAGUGAGGAUAUAUCACACAUUAACUGGUUCAGUAACAGUGGAGACAUCUCCACACAUUAACUGGUUCAGUAACAGUAGAGACAUCUCCACACAUUAACUGGUUCAGUGACAGUAGAGACACCUCCACACAUUAACAUUUAUUGGUUCAGUAACUGUGAGGAUAUAUCAGACGUACAUAUUAUUGAAGACAUUUAAUUUGUUGAGGCAUCAUGAUGAUCACAACAGUAACAAUUUAACAAUUCUAUGAGAAAUACUAUUGUGUUGAUAUUUGUGUUUUGUCCUGUUCAUGUUAUGAACUUUGUUUCUGUUACCUUGCUGAAGGGAACAUAUUGUUGGUCCUGUUAUAAGGACUUUUAAUUGAUGACUGUUGGAGGGAAACGCUAAUUGGUCUUAAUCUUAUGAAGAAACACUUCUCCUGUUGAUUGUAUUUGUUAAUGAACAUUGAAUGAUUAGUUGUC